AUGGGAGGAAGACGUCACCAACCCUGCCAAAGAACAAAAAAGCAAGAUCCCAAGACGAUCAGACCAGACCGAACCGAGCGAGACGAGAAAUCCUCUCAAAGACAAGCUAGGGACUCUGGAAAUCGAAACCGGGGCAGAUACCAGAACCGGCCGAUCAAGAAGGCAGAAGGGAUGGCAGUGUCCACGUGGCCAGACAUCUCUCACCUCUCCGUCUCAAGGCCGGAGCUGGUCAAUGUUCCGAGACAGAUGGGCCAACAGGUCAAGUGGCCUCAGAAGAUGAAAGCACCCGACUCUUUCUGGAACCCUGGUUUCUGGUGCGACUUCCACCGAGACCACGGUCACAAAACGGAGGACUGCGUCGCACUAAAGAUCGAGGUCAACGAGCUUCUUAGGAAAGGACACCUCAGGGAGUUCCGUUCUGAGAAGGCCAAGAGCCAUCUAAGCAAGGAGACAACGGGUAAGCCCACUGAAGCUGCUCCCGUCUGGCCACCGCGACAGGACCGAGUGAUCCAUGUCAUUUCGGGCGGUUCAGAAAUCAGCGACAUAAGCCAUGCAGCUGCGAAGAAAAGCACCUGGAACGCCAAGCACGACCUAGUGGCAGCCAAGCCAAAACGACGAGAUAAACUUCACGGCCAAGGAGCAGGAGAAAGUCCUUACUCCGCAUCACGACGCCCUGGUCAUAUCGCUCACUGUAGCGAACUGCCUGGCAAAAGGAUACUGGUAGAGAAUGGAAGCUCCUGUAACUUCAUCUUCCAAGCCGCAUACAAGGACCUGGGGCUGGAGGAAAGCGCUCUAACUCGGAGGAUAACCCCCCUUAUAGGGUUCAGUGGGGAAGUCAAGCAAACCGCCGGGAAAGUAACCCUCCCCAUAUACGCCGAAGGAGUCAACAUGUCAACCAAGUUCCUCGUUGUUGACUGUGACUCGUCUUACAAUAUGAUCCUAGGACGGCCCUGGAUUCACGGCAUGGGGGUCGUCCCCUCGACUCUUCACCAAAUGGUGAAAUUCCCUACACCCUGGGGCAUAAAGGCGAUCAGAGGGGAUCAGGAAUAUUCCCACUCCUGCUACCAGACCACGCUGAAAGGAAAGACCAAGGUCUUAUAG